UUUGCCAAUGCCCUCCUCCGCAGCUCUGACAAUUUCACCGAGCGCCACGCCGCGGCUCCGCCACCUGACCGCACGUGGCCGCGCCUCACGCCCUCACCUAACCGGAGCGCCGCACGCGCCGCGACCCAACCGCCGGCUCACCUGAACUUCCAGCGCCCGUUUCACGGCGACCGGCAGGUGCGGCGCGCGUGACCCCACCCCGGUUUAAAAUGCCCCCGCGCCGCGCCGCAACUGACGCCGCACAGCAGGCACCCGCCGACGCCCACGCCGACGCCAGCCUAGAGCUCGAACCGCACACACGAUGUCGCCCGCCGCGUCCUCCCCGGCGCCGCACGUGGCCGUGGUCGCGUUCCCCUUCAGCUCCCACGCGGCGGUGCUGCUCACCUUCGCGCGCGCGCUGGCCGCCGCCGCCGCGCCCGCGGGGGCCACGCUCUCGUUCCUCUCCACCGCGGGCUCCAUCGCGCAGCUCCGCGGGGCGGCCGGCGCCGACCUCCCGGGGAACCUGCGCUUCGUGGAGGUCCCGGACGGCGCCGGGGCGCCCGCGGCGAAGGGGGCCGCGCCGGUGCCGGUGCCGCGGCAGAUGGAGCUGUUCAUGGCCGCCGCGGAGGCCGGCGGGGUGAAGGCCGGGCUGGAGGCGGCCGGCGCCGCGGCGGGCGGCGCCAGGGUGAGCUGCGUGGUGGGGGACGCGUUCGUGUGGCCCGCGGCGGAUGCGGCCGCCGCGGCGGGGGCGCCGUGGGUGCCCGUGUGGACGGCCGCGUCGUGCGCGCUCCUGGCGCACCUCCGCACCGACGCGCUCCGGGCGGACGUCGGCGACCAGGCCGCGAGCAGGGCGGACGAGCUGCUGGUCUCGCACCCGGGCCUCGGCAGCUACCGCGUCGUCGACCUCCCCGACGGCGUCAUCUCCGGCGACUUCGACUACGUGAUCAGCCGACUCGUCCACCGCAUGGGGCAGCUCCUCCCGCGCGCCGCCGCCGCCGCCGUGGCGCUCAACACCUUUCCGGGCCUGGACCCGCCCGACGUCACCGCGGCCCUCGCCGAGACGCUCCCGAACUGCCUCCCGCUCGGCCCCUACCACUUCCUCCUCCCCAAGGACACCACCGACGCCGCGGCGCCAGCAGCCGGCGACCCGCACGGCUGCCUCGCCUGGCUGGACGCCCACCCGGCGCGCUCCGUGGCGUACGUGAGCUUCGGCACGGUGGCGUCCCCGCGCCCCGACGAGCUCCGCGAGCUGGCGGCCGGGCUGGAGUCCUCCGGUGCGCCGUUCCUGUGGUCCCUGCGCGAGGACUCGUGGCCGCUCCUGCCCGCGGGGUUCCUGGCCCGCGCCGCGGCCGCCGGCGCCGGGUCCGGGCUCGUGGUCCCCUGGGCGCCACAGGUGGCCGUGCUGCGCCACGCGUCCGUGGGCGCGUUCGUGACGCACGCCGGGUGGGCGUCGGUGCUGGAGGGCGUGUCCAGCGGCGUGCCCAUGGCGUGCCGCCCCUUCUUCGGGGACCAGCGGAUGAACGCGCGGUCCGUGGCGAGCGUGUGGGGGUUCGGCGCCGCGUUCGAGGGCGCCACGAUUACGCGCGCCGGGGUGGCCGCGGCCGUGGGGGCGCUGCUGCGCGGGGAGGAAGGGGCGAGGAUGAGGGCCAGGGCGCAGGAGCUGCAGGCCGCGGUGGCCGCGGCGUUCGCGCCCGGCGGCGCGUGCAGGAGGAACUUCGACGAGUUCGUGGAGAUAGUCUGUCGCGUGUGAAAGCCCUGUUGCCGGGCGAUCGAAAUGGGACUGGUUUUAUGUAUUCAGGGUGCCUGUAGAUUGUUGAGCUGAAUGCUUCAUUUCUCGUAGUACGAUUUUAUGAAUGUGCUUGAAUCAUCUCGUCGUCACCACGGCCAUUCCCAUCACCAUGGCGGAGGAGAUCGGUUGCUUCUUUU